UCUCGCUAUAAAACCGUAACCCAUAAAGAAAUGAAAUAAUCCACACAGAGAAUUCGGGAAAAGACCCACAAACAGCUGAAAAAUCAGGAGAAGAAAUGGGGAAAGGAAAGCAGUACUGGCUGCUGAAGACAGAACCAGGAGAGUGGUCAUGGGAAGACCAAGCAGCAAACGGAGGUGUAACCAAAUGGGAUGGUGUCAAGAACAAACAAGCCCAGAAACACCUCAAGUCUAUGAAACUAGGCGAUCUCUGUUUCUUCUACCACUCGGGCGCCAGUUCUCGACGCGUGGUGGGCGUGGUCAGCGUGGUAAAAGAAUGGUACUCAGAGGGCAGUGAUAAAAACAGUGAGGUGGUGGUGGAUGUGAAAGAGAUUGGGGAGAUGAGGAGACAAGUGGACUUAAAGGACAUGAAGCAGGAUGGGGAAUUGAAAGGGUUUGUGAUGUUUAGACAGCCGAGGUUGUCGGUUAUGCCUGUGCCCGAAGAGGUUUGGAAGAGGAUUUGUGAAUUGGGAAAUGGGUUUGAAGGGGAUGGCACUGACAUUGGCAAGGAUGGUGGUGAUGAGGAGGAGGAUUUGGGCUAAGGGGUUUGGAAAUCAGGGAUGUGGGUGUCCUUAGUAAACAGAAAAGAUGAAAUGGUACUGGUAGCAAUGUGGUUAAUGCUAGUAGUAUAGAAUGUAGAUGCCCCUUUUUUGGGUUAAGGGCUUGGAAAUCAAGGAUGUGGGUGUCGUUAGUAAAGAGAAAAGAUGAAAUGGUACUGGUAGCAAUGUGGUUAAUGCUAGUAGCAUAGAAUAUGGAUGCCCCUUUUUGUUUUUGUAUGUAUUUUCUUGUGAAUAUGUUAAUAUUUUGGUUUUAUUGUGCUAAAAUUCAUAUGUUUGUUUUGCUAAAAUUCAGACCAAGAAAUUGCAAUUUAGUGCAAGGAUAAAUUUCUGCAAAAAAGUAAUUGAGAGGGCCAAUGUGGCUACUAAACGCCCACUUUCCUGUCCUCCUCUAACAAUGUUUUUUGAAGUACUGAUUCGGAUUUGGCUAUAGAAGAAGUAAAGUUUCGGAAACUAAUGGGGGAAAGUUGAAAGGAAUGGUGGUUCGUUAUUGGUAGUCUACUACUCUAUGAAUUGGCUUAGGCAUUUUAGUGAACAUUUACCGUGCAUUGCCUA